GUACAUCAGAGCAGCAGUGUGUGUUUAGCAGCAGCAUCCUCUGGACCCGCACCGCUUGCUUUCUCCCGCAUAAAGAUAAAAACACAAUAGAACACAAUAAAACGCUAAUAUAAGCUACUCUUGGCUCGACAGAAGAGCACCUUCAGACCUUUGAAUCGCUUCUUUGUUUUCGUCCUCGCAGGUUUUUGAACCACUCCAGGCAUCAGACCGGACUUCUCCCGUUGACUCCGCACUCUCGCAAGGCAAAAUGGGGAAACAGAACAGCAAGCUGACCCCUGAAGUGAUGGAGGAUCUGGUGAAGAACACAGAGUUUAACGAGCAUGAGCUGAAGCAGUGGUACAAGGGUUUCCUGAAGGACUGUCCCACAGGCCGCCUCAACCUGGAGGAGUUCCAGCAGCUGUAUGUCAAGUUCUUCCCGUACGGCGACGCGUCCAAGUUUGCCCAGCACGCCUUCAGGACCUUCGACAAGAACAGCGAUGGCACCAUUGACUUCAGAGAGUUCAUCUGCGCGCUGUCCAUCACGUCACGAGGCAGCUUCGAGCAGAAGCUCAACUGGGCCUUCAACAUGUACGACCUGGACGGAGACGGCAAGAUCACGCGGGUGGAGAUGCUGGAGAUCAUCGAGGCGAUCUACAAGAUGGUGGGCACGGUGAUCAUGAUGAAAAUGAACGAGGACGGCCUGACGCCCGAGCAGAGGGUGGACAAGAUCUUCUCCAAGAUGGACAAGAACAACGACGACCAGAUCUCGCUGGACGAGUUCAAAGAGGCGGCCAAGAGCGACCCGUCCAUCGUACUACUGCUGCAGUGUGAUCUCCAGAAAUAGGCUCGGCCAGCCGCCACGGACUGCACACAAAGAAUUUCAUGUUCCAUUCAGUUUGCAGCUAUUUCCACUGAAAAAAUACAUAUAUAUAUGCUUGGGACUACCUUUCAAUGGAUCUGCUUCUUGUGUUUGAAACACUCGUGUGCAUGAGAAUGUUAUUUGCUAUAAAAAAAGAUCUAUACACAACAUACAGUACAGACAUACAUACAUACAUACAUACACACAGUGUAUGUACAAUACACACACACACACACACCUCUCACUACAUACGAACACCUCGCACAAAUAAUAUAUUAUAGAUAUAUAAAUAUGAAUAUAUAUUUAAAUUAUUUAAAGAUCAACUGUCAAAAUGUGAAGUGUCCAAAGUAUUUUCCAUACAGUUUCCAUUCUACUGGAGCUUGCGCAUCCAUCGGUGAUGUGCUACGUUGAAUUUGCCGCUACUCUAUUUAUUGUUACGAGUUUCCUGACGCUAGCUGCAUGUGUUUCUGAGUAAUCUCAACGGAACCAAACUCCUACGAUAAUGUCUCUGCCUCCAAUAAGACACUGUCCAUCGUCUCCAACAUUAGCUCUAGAAGAGAUGGAUUAGCGUUGGUCCAACUUUUCCCUCCUGAAACAUGCUUGUACUGUCAGUAAAAUAAAAUAAAUUAAAAAAAAAAAAGGAAAUUUAGUUCAUUUGCAUGCCUUUAGGUUCUGCCUUAAAAAAAAAAUCUCCUCAUUUUGCAUCCUGUAAUCGAAGACAGAAAGCCUUAUCAAAGCAGCGUGGUGACACUUGAGAGAAGCCGCGAGAAAAGAUUUUUAUUGAAUAGGGAGUGAAAGAAAUCACUCGGCAGUAGGUCCUUCUGCAAGUAUUGUCGUAUGGGAUGUCUUUUCUGUGAUCUGUCGAGGCGUUCUCUUUUGACUGCUAAAACUGUGGGAGCAUGUUUUCUUGUAGAUUAGCUGUUCUAUAUGUUGCUAAGAGCUAAAAGCCUGCCCCUGUGCAUUUAAACACACUAUCUCAUUACGAAUUAACAGAUGUUGAUUGUGAAGGAAUUUCACAUUCUGAACCAGGAUCAGAGAGUUCAAAUAAAUUUAAAAAAAAAAGAGCUACAUUGAUAAGAUUGGUGAAGCAAAUGGACCGGAGGAAUCAAACAUUUACGUCAGGAUUCCCUGGAGACAGAGUGAAGCUUCCCUCAGAUGGAGUUAAAUUAGAUAAGAAGAAAGAACUAAGUAUUAAUCAAUAGUUGGAGAGCAUUGUUAUCAAACUUACUUAUAACCUCUCUGUCACCAUCACAUCCACAUUUUUUUUUCCCAAUUAGCCUGCAGGUUGCAUAUCAAUACGAUGAAUUCAGAGGGGGGUUUUUUUGGGUUUGUUUUUAGAGCAUUUAAGUAGAGAAGAAACAAGGCCCAUGCAGCAUUUGAACUUUCUGUAGUAGUUUGUCUUUUUCAGUGGAAGUAAAUGAGUGCUGAAGUAGUGAGAGGAGCAGUGAAUGGUUUUUCAUUAUACACUGUAACUAGUAGAGGACAGCCCUUACUAUAAAGCCAUGCGUUUUAGUAAAUUGGACAAAUUCGCCCUCCCUAACCCUCAAAGUAUUUCUCUCUUACCAAUCAGUCAAUCUUUUUGUACUUUUUUACUCCCUCCUCUCACACAUUGUACACGUACUGAUGCAUUCUAAAUGUAGAGAAGUUCAGUGAAGUGCGGUGCCUCCUACAAAUGAUUUGGAAAAUAAACCCGCAAGCCCACUUAAACAAGUUUACCUGGCCCGGUCUGACAGCACCGCAGACCUGUGUUAACCUGCGUUAAUGCUACCAGUGGUUUAAAGGGAGGCUAAAGGAGAUGCGAUACGUCACGAUAUCGCACUAAAGAUCUAACAUCCAUUGUCAUCUCUCAGCAGUGUGGCUCGUCCCCCCCCCCCCCCCGUCAACUUUGUAAUCUGAACUUCUUUACACCAACAUCUUUGGCCAAGACAAUGUUUCUAAUUCCAACUCUGUUAUUACUAUUAUUGCUAUGGAGAUACCAAAUGUAAGCAACGGCAUACGUGUACAAGGAUUCUUUUGUAGCAUGUAUUGUGUCCCUGACGACAUGGCUGCACUACUCCCUGUGUUGUGAUUUAAUCUAAUAAAAGGAACUCUAUGGG